AUGAGGCUACAUGACCUGAUGGAGACAGUGUGGUUAGAGUGGGGAAUCAGGAUCAGCAAGUACUUGGCUUAUAAGGCAAGGAGAAGAGGGAAGGCUCUUAUUGUUGGGGAGUACAAGGAGCAAUAUACAUUGCUCCCUAGGUAUGCAGCUGAGAUAUUAAGAAGCAACAAGGGCAACACAGUGAAACUCAAGCUGAAUGGGAAUGGUCCUUUUAGGGGGCAGUUAUUGGUAGCUGUUGGUAGGGAUGGGAACAACCAGAUGUUCCCAUUAGCUUGGGUUGUUGUUGGUGUUGAGAGCACUGACACCUGGAGCUGGUUCCUGCACCUACUAGGCUCUGACUUAGGAACAAGUGAAGGGGCAGGCUACACUUUCAUGUCAGAUCAGCAGAAGGGGUUAAUUGCAGCAAUCCAAGAGGUUUUUCCUCAAGCUGAGAGCAGGGUAUGUGCUAGACAUGUUUACAGCAAUUUCAGGGGGGUUUUUGGAGGCAGCCUGGAAUUAAAAAAGCAAUUUUGGAUUAUUGCCAAAUCCACCACUGAGAAUGCAUUUCUUGAGAAGUUACAAGUGAUGAGAGAGCUGUCACAUGAUGCUGCAGAGGAUUUGUUGAACAGAAAUUACAAAAAAUGGUGUAGGGCUUUCUACACUCCAAUGGCUUCAUGUGACAGUGUAGACAACAACAUGUCUGAAGUUUUCAAUGCAUACAUACUUAAAUGGAGGCACAAGCCUAUCAUCAGUAUGCUAGAGGACAUUAGAGAGAGCCUAAUGGAAAGAUUACACAAAAAGAGGGGCUUGAUCAAAGCAAGGGAUAUGAGUUUAUGCCCUAGGAUUCAACAGCAGCUUGAGAAACACAAGGUCUGGGCUAGGGGCUGGAAUGCAUUUUGGGAUGGUGGUGAGUGGCAUUCCCUGCAAACAGGGGUGGUUGCCAUUUGGAAUAAAGUGGAGCAACCAGAGCAGUAUGUCAAUGACUACUUCAAGACACACUACCAUGCAAAAGCCUAUGACCACCAACUUGAGCCAUUAAAUGGUCCACAAGAAUGGCCUGUUGGUACCUGUACUAUCACCCCUCCUGAGCUGAAAAAGGUGCACAAUAGGCCAAAAACCAAGAGAAGACCUUUUGCUGGUGAGGUGAUUAUACAGGGGAAGGUUAGGAAGACUGGGGCUAGGAUCACUUGCAGCUUGUGUGGGUUGCAGGGGCACAACAAGGUCACAUGCAGAAAUGCACCAAGGGAAAGGCACACAGCUCCAAACACAUCUAGUCAAGCCCAAACUGACCCUGCCCCUUCAAUUCCUAUGCACAACAGAGGGGUUGGUGUGUACACCUACCCUAAUGGCUUCCAAAGACAAGCAAUUCCAAUUACUACACAAAUGCCUAGACAGUCCAGAGGUGCUGCAUUUUACUCUGAUAAUGAAGGGCAGCAGACUGUAUAUUCAUUCUCUCAGGAGUAUACCUUCCCCCAAUCACAACCAGAGGCAGCAUUACAAACUAUAUCAUCACAAGCACUACAAGAUUUGGCAAAAGGAAAAGCAAAAGCAAAUUAG